CUCCCCGGGUGGAAGAAUCGAGCACAAUGGGACUUGGGUCGUGUGGUACUUUUUCUCUUUUGUUUGCCCUCCUCCUGCACGCCUUUCACGCCAAGUUCGGGGCUCAGGCGGGUGUAAGUUCUGCAGCGGACAGGAGGUUUCACCGGCUGGAGCCUCGCGUUGGUCAAACGGGCGCGGGAGUCUCGUUCCAAGUUUCGGACGCUAACUCCGAGCAAAAGUGGGGUGGAAAGGCAGGACUUGGGAACGAGGCGCCGAAAACGGAACCAAUCCGAGAAAACGCAUUUUCUGAGAUAAGACAUGUGCGUAAAAGGAGCGCCCAAGGGGUUUCCAGCUCGAGAACCGAAUACCGGCGCGCCGGCGACGAAGCCAAAGGUUCUUACCCGAGGCAAAGCGAUCCCUACCUGGACACCUCUACCUUUGCUCUGUCGGGAGAUUCUGCACACAACCAGGCGAUGGUGCACUGGUCCGGACACAACAGCAGCGUGAUCCUGAUCCUGACUAAGCUGUACGACUUCAACCUGGGCGCCGUUACCGAGAGCUCUCUUUGGAGAUCCAGCGACUAUGGGAGCACCUACACUAAACUCAAUGACAAAGUGGGCUCGAGGACCGUGCUGAGCUAUCUUUACGUGUGCCCCACCAACAAACAGAAGAUAAUGAUGCUGAGCGACCCGGAGGUGGAGAGCGCCGUUCUGAUCAGCUCGGACGAGGGGGCGAGCUUCGAGAAGUAUCCCAUUAGCUUCAACGUCCUCAGCCUUCUCUUCCAUCCGGCGCAGGAGAACUGGAUCCUGGCCUACAGCCACGGCAGCAAGCUGUACAGCUCCAUGGACUUCGGGAAGAAGUGGCAGCUUGUGCACGACAACGUGAUGCCGGGUCGAUUCUACUGGGCCGUAAUGGGGCUGGACAGAGAGUCGGACGCGGUCCACAUCGAGACGCGGGUCGCCAAAGGCCGCGCUCAGUACGUGAAGUGCAGAGCCCAACGGUGCAAGGAGGCCAACAGGCAGUACCUCUUCCUGGGACACGUGGACACCAACUCCUUGGUUGUGCAGGAUGAAUACGUUUUCACUCAGGUAACCAAGUCGGGACGAGCCAGCUACUUUGUGUCCUACAUGAGAGAACCAUUCAAACGCAUGCAAUUACCCAAAUAUUGUCUGCCCAAGGACAUGCAUAUAAUCAGCACAGACGAAAAGCAGGUGUUUGCCGCGGUCCAGGAGUGGAACCAGAACCACACGUACAGCCUAUACAUCUCGGACUCGCCUGGCGUCUACUUCACCCUCUCGCUGGAAAAUUUGAGGACCACCAGGGGACCCACUGGAAACCUGCUGGUCGACUUCUACAAGGUCGAGGGGAUAAACGGCAUGUAUCUGGCUAACAAGCUGGUGGACUACCGUGUCAAGACGUUCAUCACCUACAACAAAGGACAAACGUGGGCCCUGCUGCCGGCGCCCGCCGCCGACGUGGCCGGGAAUAACAUCCACUGCGUGACGCCUUUUUGUUCGUUGCAUCUUCACCUGGAGAUGUCUGAGAAUCCCUACACAUCCGGACCCAUCACCAGCAAAAAGUCAGUACCGGGAAUCAUUGUGGCAACAGGGAAUAUUGGAACGGAAUUGUCCUCUGCCAACCUUGGCAUGUUCAUAACGUCUGACGCAGGAAAUAGCUGGCGACAGAUAUUUGAUGAAGAGCACAACAUUUGGUUCCUGGACAACGGAGGAGCUUUGCUGGCUGUGCUGCACGUGCCAACGCCUAUUCGACACUUAUGGAUCAGUCUAGACGAAGGCAAGAAGUGGGACCGUCACACUUUCUCCCUGGCACCUCUCUACGUGGACGGAGUCCUGAUGGAGUCGGAAUCGGAUAAUCACAUUAUCACUUUCUUUGGACACUUCAGCCAUCGGUCAGAGUGGCAGCUGAUGAAGAUCGACUACAAGGGCCUUUUCAGUCAGAGGUGCAUGGAUGGAGACUAUCAGACAUGGUCCCUGCACAACAAGGGUGAGCUUUGCGUGAUGGGUGAGAAGCAGAUUUUCAUGAAGCGCAGACCUGGAAACCGCUGCAUGUUGUCCCAGGACUAUUCCAGAAUCUAUUCAUCCGAGCCAUGCCAGUGCACCGCCUACGACUUUGAAUGCGACUACGGCUGGGAGCGUCGCACCGAUGGGAAGUGUUCUCCUGCUUUUUGGUUCGAUCCAAACGGUGCGGCCAAAAGCUGCAGUGCAGGCCUGAGCUUCCUCAACAGCACUGGGUAUCGCAAGGUUUUGUCCAAUAACUGCAAAGAGGUCGGUAGGAACGCGUACUCGCCCAGACGCCAGGGUUGUCGCCCCAGACCGCCCAGAGGUCUCCGCUUGACCACCUAUGGCGGUGAGCUGAGCGCCCGCGUCGGAAGCAACGUGACGUUCAUGGUGCAUCUCCAAGACGGAGACUCGCCGAGGACCAGCGUCCAGCUCGACUUCGGCGACGGCAUCCGGAUUACUUAUUCAAACCUGAGCCGCACCGACGACGGCAUCCAGCACGUCUACCGAGCGACGGGGAUUUACCGCUUGACGGCGGCGGUCGAGAACAGCCAGGGAUCUGACAGCACCGUCCUCUACCUGCACAUCACCAGUCCAGUGGAGCGCGUGUACCUCUCGGCUCCUCUGGUGACCGUCAGGGGGAAGGAGACCAACCUGACGGCGGUGGUUUGGCCGAGUCAAGUCAGGAUGAUGACGUUCUUCUGGUGGAUCACCAACAGCUCCGAGCCUAUUAUAACGUUGGAUGGGAGUAUCUCGUACAUGUUCCAGAAGGAAGGAACAAAUAAGGUCACGGUCCAGGUGGCUUCUGGGAGCACGGUGAUGCAGGAUUCCAGGGAUAUAACAGUUAAAGAGUUUUUCAGGUCGCUCCCGCUGUCCUUUUCGCCGACGCUUGACGAGCACAAUCCUGACAUCCCCGAGUGGCGGGAGGACAUAGGCCGCGUGGCCCAGACAGCCCUGUCACAGGUUUCUGGCGUUCCCUCCCAUCAGCUGCUGGUGUGUUUGUAUCCUGGACUUCCAACCACGGCGGAACUCUUCAUCUUGCCAAAUGAGCACAAGAGGCAAACACCGGAGGAACUGCAGAUGAUAUCUGAUGUUUUCGUCACCAUCCUCAACCAAGACCUGGUCCACUUUGAGCUGAAGGUUGACACUCGCAUCACCGUCUACAUCACUCAGCAAACUCUAGCACCACUCGUGGAUUCGAGCGCCCUCCACAGUGGGUCGGCCAUGUUGGUGCUCAUCUCCGUGGUGUUUCUCGGUUUGGUGGCGUUCUUCAUCUACAAGUUCAAAAGGAAAAUCCCUUGGAUCCACGUGGAGACCGAGGACAGUCGGGAGAAGGAAUCGGAGGUGAUCAGCACGGUCAGUCAGAACGACAACAUGUCCAAAGUGAACCUCCGUGACUUUCCCUCGGGCAAGGACUUCAUGGAAAAGGAGCAGGAGCCCAGGAAAGGAGGAUCAAUGGCGAGGAAUAUGGAUAGAAUUGUAACGAGGGAAUAUCCAAACUGUACUAACGUCUAAAGACACGCACACUGUUACCCAGUAAGUACACAAUGUUGUGUUUCAGUUGUGCUGCAAUUGUUGACUUUGUUGGCUUAUCUUUUUAAUAAUAGUUAUUUCAUGCCGAUCGUCGCUAUCGUUCCGAGUAAUGUUUUCACACUCUUAACGAAUAGAGUUGAGUAUCUACUUUAUAGUACUUAAGCAGAACGAUUCAUAUGCCAAGCGAGACUGAAGGAAAUGUUUCAGAAAAACAUGAGCGAUUUAGUAGGAAAUGGUACAAAAGAUGAAGCUCGAGAUUGUGUUUUAAACUCAACAACUCUACAAAUAACGGCAAUGUCAAAACCUUUAUUGUGCCGAAAAGCAGUUGUAUCGCCAUUUAUCGCGGGGGGAUACGUUUCGGAUCCACCCACAAUUGGUAAAAAUCUGUGAUAUACACAAACAGUAUAAAAUAUACAGUUUUAACCCUCUGAAACGGAUUAAACACAUUUCAACUGACAAGUUCACAAAUGUAUUUGAAUAAAAAAAAAAAAAUUUUUUUUUUAAAGUAUUCCUUCGCACUUGUUUCAACUUUUCUGGCAGUCACAAAACUAGAGCCCUGUAUGUUUAAACACCAAAAUGUUCAAACAAAUCAUAAUUUCAACUAGCGAAAGCCCACUAGCUUAAUGCUAACAUAAAAUACAAAACGCCAUAGCUGAGCUAUGCCGUUAUUCAGAUGCAUACUGCACAGUGCUCUCUCUCUCACACACACACACACAUUCAACAUUUUAAGCGAUAAAAAACAGGUGUGUCACAGCAAGCAUUGUGGGUAAAUUAAACACCUUUAGAAGAGUUGCGUGUGUGUGAUGCAAUGCUUCCUGUCACACUAUGGCCCCGCCUCCAAGUUGUGGUCCACCCUAUGACGUACCGUCAGGUUUAGUUGCGCACCGUGAUUGCCGUGGAAAAUAUCUUGACAAUUUUGAGAUCACGGCGGGCCUGGUAAACGUAGCUUUAAUACGCAUGGAGCAGCAACACAUACAAACAGCAUACAACAAUACACACAGGCAUAUAUUCUAUUCUGUCUGCUCGGCGGGAACAACGAAUGAUAAAAUGGCAUAUAAAGUGGUACUCCACUGAAGGUGUUUUAUGAGUAAAAACUCCUAAGAACAAUCGCUGAAGAAAAACGCCGAACCGUGCUAUAGCGGUGGGUUCACUGGACUUGGAAAAGCCCAAUAGUGUGCCAAUUUUCUACUAAUUACGUCUCAAUCAGGUUUAGUGCAAAAUCCAACUAAAUUCUCAUGAUUAAACACUGCAAGAUGAGUCUGAAUGCGGAGUCAGGCCACUAUCGGCAGACAUUUUGUAACUGGAGAGGUGUACAUAGAAUAAAGGGAAGGAACUUAAAUCUCUAUAGCUUCAUUUCAACUCAUUGUAAACUUCUGAACAAUGUUUCCAUGUUUAAUAAUGUCUCACUAUGAACUACUGUCAGCAUUUUUACGCUAGCAUGCCCUAAUUAAUUGUAAAAAAAAAAAAAUUAUACAUUUAAGACUACAUUAGGGUGAGCAAUUGUUCUCUGUCAUAUUGAUUUUAAAGCCUUUCUUGGGACAUAAAUAAUAAACAUAAAUAAAACACCUUGUUCUAUAGUGAACUUGUGAUAUGGCCAAGCAAUGUGCAUGAUCUCUAUUAUUACUGAUUACUUUUUGUGUUUGUCUUUUUU